AUGGCUGAACCUUGUAAAACCAAAGAUAUUGUGGGUGAUGGUAACUGCUUUUUCAGAUCCAUAGCUUAUGCUGUAAGUGGAAGUGAAAAAGAACACAGAAGAGUGAGACGUGCUGUUGUAUCUCAUAUUCUCCAAAAUGAAGAAAGGUACAUUCAGUAUCUUAGACAAGGACACACUUCUGUUGGAAACUAUAUUGCAACUUCAAGAAUGAAAUAUGUUGGAACUUGGGCAUCAGAGCUAGAAAUACAAGCAGCCAGUGAUUUAAUUGGUAUAGAUAUAUUUACAUUCAGUCAAAAAAAAUGGCUUAAAUAUUCAGCUUCAAAUGUCUCAUCAAGUAGAGAUACUUGUCAAUACAAGGGGAUUUACUUGAAACAUGCUAAUAAUUGUCAUUAUGAAGUUAUUGUAUGUGUGAAAAAAAAGGAUGGUAGCUGUGCUUCAAUUUGUAAAUCACCAGUUGAAGUUUCAAUGUUUCCUGCAUCAUUAAAUCCCAAGUCAGACCCACGUAAGCUUUAUAGACAGAAAGUCCAAUACAAUAGUAAUCAUGACUUAAAUGAGGGGAAAAAAAUGAAAGUAAAGAAAAGAUAUCAUGAGGAUGAAAUGUACAAAGACAGGAAAAUUAAAUCUGGUAUUAAAAUGUAUAAUGAAAAUGAACAGUAUCAACGAAAGUUAAAAAUACUUUGUAAAAAUAAAUACAAUUCAAACGAAUCGCACAGACAAUAUUUGAAAAAAUAUUCUAUUGACAAAUAUGCAGAAAAUACCGCACACAGGGAAUGUUUGAAGCAGUACUCUAUUGACAAAUAUGCAGAGAAUACAGCACAUAGAGAAUCUCUGAAGCAGUACUCUAUUGACAAAUAUGCAGAGAAUACUGCACACAAAGAAUCUGUGAAACAGUAUAGUAUUAGAAAAUAUAGUGAAGAUGAAAUGCACAAGACUAAGGUGAUUCAGUAUAGCAAAGAGAAAUAUAAAAAUGAUAUUAAUUUUGCUAGUAGCAUUAAAAUGAAAAAUGCUGUAACUCGGCAUGAGGCAAAAAUGAAAAGGAAAGAUAUUGAUUGUGUGAUUGAACAAUUUAAAGAAAAAAUAUCAACAGGUCCUGAAUAUGUAUGUUCAGUUUGUCAUCGCUGCUGCUUUAAAAUGCAGGUAAAACACUGUAAUAAAAAUAAAUAUAUUCAAAAAUCUAUCCAGGCUGGCUGUAUUGCAGAAAAAUGUAUAACAUUGAAUUAUUUUCAUGAAUGUAAUAAAGACUGCACUGAAGAAUGUGUGUAUAAAAAUAGCCCAGCGGAAUCUUUGUGGAUUUGUCACACAUGUGAUAGAAAAAUGUCUGAUGGUAAAAUUCCUGCUGAAAGUGUUGCAAACAAUCUUGUUCUGGAUCCUAUUCCUGCUGAAUUGAGCUGUUUAAACUCUCUUGAGCAACAUCUUAUAGCAAAGCAUAUCCCAUUCAUGAAAAUGAUGGCAUUACCACGAGGUGGACAGAAUGGCGUUCAUGGACCAGUGACUUGUGUUCCAUCUAAUGUUACAGAUGUGGUGAAUGUUUUACCAAGAUCAGAAGAUGAGGAUUUGAUGAUUCGUGUAAAGCUGAAGAGAAAACUGACAUACAAAGGACACUAUGAAUAUAAGUUUGUGCACAUUGAUAAGGUAAAAACUGCUUUAAAAUACCUAAAACAAUAUAAUAAGUGGUAUACAGAUGUAGAGUUUAAUGAAACUUGGAAUAAUCCUCUGAGUAAAACAGAAGAACAAAUAAAUGAUAAAACUGAUAACAAUGAACAAGACUUGGACACAUGUCAGGGUAUAUGUGUUGAUGAUAUUGAAAAUGAAGACAAUGAGAUCACUGAUGAAACACUUCAUGAUCGGCAACAACAUGGUUUGUUUAUGGAUUCAUGUUUGCAACCAGUCGACAUCGCACAAGAGGUGUUAGAUCAACAUUUUGAUGGAAUUAUGUCAGUUGCACCAGCAGAGGGCAACAAUCCAGUGAGAAUGUUAAUGGAUGAAACUAACGAAGCAAAAUGUUUUCCAGUUCUUUUCCCAAAUGGAACAGGAACAUUUCAUGAUCCACGACCAGAAAAAUUAACACUGUCUAGAUAUUUGAAUAAUAGAAUCCUAAAUGCAGAUGGGCGUUUUGCUCAAAACCUGGACUACAUCUUUUAUGGACAAUAUUUAUCUGAGCUUAAUCAAGUGAUCUCAAAUGUAUCUAUUGCUUUAAGGAAAGGCUAUGACACAAGCAACAAAACAAAACUUACUUCAGAAAUGCUGACAAAUAAAGAAUCCCUGCAAAAGAUUUUAAAUUUUGAUCAGGGUUAUAAAUUUUUGAAACCUGUGAGAGGGACUCCUGUUUUUUGGCAAAGUGUUCAAAAAGAUUUAUUUGCAAUGGUUAGACAAUUAGGUAUUCCAACAUGGUUUUGCUCAUUUUCAUCAGCAGACUUGCGAUGGACAGAGCUAAUGCAAUGUAUUGUAAAACAAGAGGGCUGUCAAACACCUAUUGAUAAACUGGAUUGGUCUGAGAGAUGUGGGAUGUUGAAACGCAAUCCUGUAACUGCUGCCAGAAUGUUUGACUAUCGAUUUCACUGCUUUCUGAAAGAUGUCAUUAUGUCUCCAGCCCAACCAAUUGGAAAAAUAAUAGAUUAUUUCUAUCGAAUAGAAUUCCAACAACGUGGUUCCCCUCAUACACAUUGUCUGUUUUGGGUUGAAAACGCACCUCAAGUGGACAAAGAUGAUGAUGAUGAAGUUGUAGCAUUUGUUGAUCGCUAUGUCACUUGUGAAAUGCCAUCGGAACAGCAAAAAGAUAUGCAUGAAAUAGUGAGCAGUGUGCAACAACACAGUAAGAGACAUGCAAAAACAUGUAAAAAGAAAGGAACUGUGUGUAGAUUCAACUUUCCACGUCCACCAAGCAAAAAUACUUUUAUUACAAGAAGCAGCAAGAGUGAUAAAGAUGAAAAAGAAACUGAUGAUGAAAAAAAUGAAAAUAAAUGCAAAAAGAGAAACUGUAAACAAAUAUCAAAAGAGUUAGCUGAAGCUGUAAUGAAAAAAGUCAGAGAAUGUUUAUUGAAUAGCGAUGUUGCAUUUGACUCAGUUGAGUCUAUGUUUGCAUCUAUUGGUAUAAACCAAGAGAUAUUUGAAAUGGCAUACAAUAGAAUUACGAAAAAAACAAAUGUUGUUUUGAAGAGAAAACCAUGUGAUGUAUGGGUUAAUCAAUAUAAUCCUGAUCUUCUGCGAUGUUGGAAUGCAAACAUGGAUAUACAAUUUGUUGUUGAUGCUUACUCUUGUAUAGUAUACAUAAUUUCCUAUAUUUCCAAAGCUGAGAGAGAAAUGGGAUUGCUGCUGGCUAAUGCUCAAAAAGAAGCAUGCAGUCAAGGUAAUAUGGAUGCUAAACAAGCUUUAAGAAAACUUGGCAGUGUGUUUUUACAUAAUCGAGAGGUCUCAGCUCAAGAAAGUGUUUAUCGGCUGAUAAAUAUGAAACUGAAAGAAGGGUCAAGGAAAGUAGUGUUCAUUCCUACUGGUAUUAAUACAGUAAGAAUGAGUUUACCCUUAAACACUAUACAUAAAAAAGCUGAAUGUGGAGAAGAUGACAGUGAUGGCAUAUGGAUGAAAAGCAUCACAGACAGAUACAGAGCCCGUCCAAAUACCAAAGAAUUUAGUGGAAUGUGUUUAGCAACCUUUGCCUCAGAGUACAGAGUUUUGAGUAAAUCUGAAUACUCAUGUGCAGAUAGAGUAAAACUGGAAAAUGACAUGGGCUUUGUGAGAAAAAGAAGUAAAACAGAAUGUGCGAUUGUGAGAUAUGCUCGUUUUUCUCCCACUAAAAAUCCAGAAAAUUAUUAUCAAAGUAUUUUGGAAUUAUUUUUGCCUCAUUUUCUGCAAAAUCAAUUGAAACCACCAAAUUUCCCUUCCCACCAGGAGUUUUACGAGACUGGAUUUGUAACAAUUUAUAAUGAUGAGCUUGAGUCAGUGAAAAUUAUAGUUGACACAAACAUGGCAAAAUUUGAAAAAGAAGCAGACACAAUACAAAGAGCUCAAGAUGAUUUAGAACAACACGGACCAAUGGAAGAUGCUUGGGCCCAAAUCUGUCCGGAAGCAGAACUUGAACGUUUGGAAUGUCUAGAGAGUAAGAAACAACAGAUAGAAACAGAAGAAGGUGAUGAUAUUAUACCUGAUCUAUUACCAAAUGUAGGUCCUUCAAAACUAGAAACCAAUCCAUGUGCUAUGACAAAGCAAGAUGCUUUGGCUUUGCUACGGUCUUUGAAUGAAAAGCAGUCACAAAUCUUUUACAAAGUGCGGCAAUGGUGUUUAGCAAAAGUACAAGGUGAAAACCCAGAUCCAUUUCAUGUGUUUAUAUCUGGUCCAGGAGGUGUUGGAAAGUCAGUGCUGAUAAAAGCAAUCUAUUAUGAAACCUCUCGCAUUCUUUCAAGGUUAACAGAGAACCCAGAUGAGACUCACGUGCUAUUAACAGCACCAACUGGUGUUGCAGCUUACAACUUAAAAAAUGCAGCUACAGUACAUUCCACUCUGUCCAUUGGGAAAAAUGCUACACUGCCAUAUCAACCACUUGGAGAUGAAAAAAUUAAUUCCUUGAGAGCCAAAUUUGGAAAACUACAAAUAUUAAUAAUUGAUGAAAUUUCAAUGGUUGAUCAUAAACUUCUGUCAUAUAUUCAUGGAAGAUUGAGACAAAUCAAACAAACAGGUGAUUUCUCUGCAUUUGGAAACAUCUCUGUGAUAGCAGUUGGAGAUUUUUAUCAGCUGUCUCCUGUUAAAGGAAAACCACUUUACACUGAACCAGUCAACGGUGUUAAUCUUUGGGAAACUAACUUUCAUUUUAUUGAACUUACAGAGAUUAUGCGUCAGAAGGACAAAAAGUUUGCAGAAUUAUUAAAUCGUUUAAGGCUACGCAAAAAAGAUGAAGUAAUGCUUGAAGAAGAUCUUAAUAUGCUUAAGAAAUGUGAAACAGGUGAUGGUGAUGAUAGCACAGAUAUCCAUAUUUAUGCAACUAAUAGUGAAGUUCAUAACCAUAAUAUAUCAAUGUUGCACAAAGUAUGCACUGACACAGUUACUAUAAAUGCUCAAGAUUUUGAGAGAAAUGCUAAGACUGGCCGAAUGGAAAAAAAGGAUGGGUUUCAUUCCAGAGUGCAGAACAGUAGUUUGGAAAAAUCCCUUGAAUUAGCCAUUGAUGCUCGAGUAAUGCUGCUGAAAAAUAUUAAUGUACCAGAUGGUCUUGUGAAUGGAAUCUUUGGGAUAAUUAAAGAAUUUUGUUAUGAUGAUGAUGAAAUGUUUCCAUCAAAAAUAUAUAUCAAAUUUGAUGAUGAACAUGUUGGUAAAGAAGCUAGAGGUAAAAAAACAUGUUUAAAACCUGGACUGGAGAAAAGUACACCAAUCGAACCUGAAGAAGAAAAAGUAACAAGCAGUGGUGGUGUCAGAAGGCAGUUUCCCUUGAAAUUGGCCUGGGCUUGCACAGUUCACAAAGUACAAGGUCUGACAGUGAACAAAGCUGUUGUUUCAAUGAAAAAAAUAUUUGCUCCAGGACAAGCAUAUGUAGCAUUAAGUCGAGUGACCUCUCUUGAUGGACUCAUAAUAGAAGAUUUCAAAGAAAAUGUUAUUUUUGCAAAAGACAACAUUGAACAAGCUCUACAGAGUAUGCCUCCAUUCAUUGUUCAAAGGGAAAUUACAGAAAGUGUAAAAUUUCAAAUUAUGUUACACAAUGUUCAAGGGCUCAAUCCACAUAUUUUAGAUAUUCGUGAAGAUAAGAGAUAUUUUCAAGCAGAUUUGAUUUGUGUAACAGAGACAUGGUUAAAACCAAACUAUUUUGAAAAUGAUAUCAGUCUUACUGGAUACUAUUUUUAUGAUAAACCACGAAAUAUUGCAUAUGACACAAGUCAGGAUGUUUUUGCUAAACUAAAAGAGGAAAAUCAUGGUGGUGUUGGUAUCUAUCAUAGACAGAAUGUAAAAGCUGCUUUAGUUGAUUUACCAUGUAUUAACAUUGAAUGUCUAAUGUGCAACAUAGAACAUUUAAACACAACCUUGGCAGUCAUAUACAGACCACCAUCAUAUACCUUGCCAUUGUUUAGAGAGAAGUUGAUUACCUUAAUGAAUCAAAUAAACUGCUUACCAGGUGGAAAAAUAAUUUUAGGGGAUUUCAAUGAAAACCUUUUCAGUAAUUCAACAAUUCAUGAUGUUAUGCAGCAUUUGGGUUUUACACAAAUUGUUGGAAAACCAACAACUGAAAAUGGGACAUUAAUUGACCAUGUAUAUGUAAAAGAUAUUGAGUUGGAUAAAAUUACAAUUGACAUAAUGCCCACAUACUUCAGCUAUCAUGACUGCAUUGUGAUGAAGUGGCUAUAA